GAAGGUUAUUUGGAGCUCUCGAUUUCCGGUUUCUCCUUUGUUCCACUUCCGUUUUGUUCGAGAGCCAAUCAGGUGUGAGAAUAGACCCGAAGCUUCUGGAUCGUGACCUGAGGGAAAUUUGCGCUGGUUCAAAAUAUUUUGGGCUGAUUUGUCACGAAUGGGCAGGGUUUGCUCUAAAUUUACCUGCUACUAUUAUGGCGAAAAAGAAAGAAGCAUACACAGUGAUUCCAGUCAACGUUGAGGAGAAGGAAAUGGAAGAGAUGCAGCCAGUUAAGGAUAAAACCGAUCAAGCCGAAGAUGAGAUGGAAGAACGCUUUGAUAAAGAGUUCUGGCUGAUGGUUCAAAACAAAGUGAAAGAUGCAAACCUUUCAUGGAAUAGAGCAAUGGAUGAGGUCAGAGUGGAUCGGCUAAUCAAAAAAUAUGACAAAAAUGCUCUUCUUGUCAUCAUUCAUGACUGGCCACAGAAGAAGAAAUACAGAGAUAAACCAGAACUGAUCCCAAGUUUGGAGUAUCUGAUCAGUCGCCUAACAGUGAUAAUUCUUGAGAGGGACACAGAGGAAGUCUACAAAUUUUUCCGUGUUCCAAAAGAUAGUGAUUCAGCCCAACCGACACUACUGCAUCUGGCAGCAGAACAGAACUUCUUGCAUGUCACAAAGUCAUUGGCAGAACGUUACCCAGGUCUGAUGUACCUGUGGACCCGCAAGAAAGACAAUAAUCCCAGUAGUUUACCAGUUGAAUUGGCCUUAAAGAAAUACAAAGAUGACACAGCAGCUCAUCUAAUAUCUCAAAUGAGGCACGAUCGAGUCCAGGAACUGUUCCUUUGUAAAGAUGAUGAGGAACAGUCAAGUGCAAAGUUUUUUUUUGGACAUUAUAUCAGUUACAAAAACCCACGGACAAAUGAACCUGGCAUGAAGAAAACAGUUAUAGCAAUUUUAGACAAGCUUAUAAAUCCUCAUUGGCCAUACCUACCACGUGGGAUGGAAUAUGACGAUAAUGAAGAGGAUAUUGCAAGAUCUGUAAGCAGCGUUCCUGAUGACCCCAUGAACUAUGACUUUUUUUAUCACGUACUGGAAGCGGACGAAAGCGGAAGACAGCCAAAAAUAGAAGUGGCUACCGAAGUUGAUGAGCAAGGAACUCCAAUCAAGACUGAAACUGUGUCUAACCUGAAAUUUAACCACAAGUCUCUAUCAUGUUUGAGACGAAUUGCAGAGAGUGGAAAUAAGGCAGCAGUGCAACACCCUGUUGUGCGAAUGUUAGUCUCCAGAAAAUGGAACAAGUUUGCUCACUGGUGGUUUUGUGUUGAAGGCUCUUUCUACAUUGUGUUUUUAACACUGUUAUCUUACGCCCUUAUCUACGGCUCGACGCUUGACGAUCCAACGCAGUACGGUGGCAGAGCGAAUGGCCUGCGUUUGUUCUGUGAAGUUCUUUCCAUUAUCUUCCUUAUGUUUUACUUCUUUGAAGAGGUCAACCAAGCAGAACGGGAGCGGAGAACUUAUUUCAAGGAUCCGUACAAUUAUUUUGAUUGGUUGGGUCUCAUUUUGACCUUCCUUGUGAUUCCUCUUCGAUUUGCCGAAGUCAGAUAUCAGUGGAACGUGGCAGCCCUCGGUUAUCUGUUUAAUUUUCUCCGACUUUUCAAGUUUUCGUGCGUUACAAGAACCACGGGUUUGUAUACCAAGACUCUUGCUAGGAUCAUCUACCGCGAUAUCACUCGCUUUAGUGUGGUGUUUACCAUAGUGUUUCUUGGAUUCUGUGGCGCCAUGUUUAUGGCGCUGAAAGCUACUGGUUCUCAGGAGCUUUUUAGUAAUUACGCUUGGUUGAUGUUAGCUGCCGUACGAGCUCUCGUCGAGCAGCAACCGGCCGAAGAAGACUACUCAAAGUUCAGCUGGUUGUCGAUCUUGAUACUUCUGGCUUACAUGGCGAUGGUUAUCGUUAUACUCCUCAACAUUCUCAUAGCCCAGCUGAGCUAUACUUACAGUGAAGCAAAGAAGACCGCUAAGCUGCAAUACGCCAUCGACACCAUGUUUAUUGUCACCCGAUUGGAGUUCAGCAGAUAUUCAAAAUGGAAUUUAAGGAUAAAGAACUACUUAGACGGUGCCUGGAUAAGCGAGGAAGAUUUAGCCAAAGAACUUUUGGAAUACACGGAUAAUCGACAUCCUUUUGAGACAAUGGAGGAAAGAUUGACUGAUAUCAGGGAGAUUAUGAGAAAAGUUGUCAGGAAAGGGAAAGAUAAGGAAGCUUAGAAUGUUGUGGAAGAAGAACUGAUUCUUUCAAUUGCUCGUACAGAAAAACUACUGGCAUCAAAAACUAAUCCUCAGUGAAUGACGAGCCCUGUUCCAUGAGACGUCAAGUGCUUGUCGAUAAAGUCACUAGUUUGUUUUCCAUCUGCACCAAUUAUGAGAACUGUGACUGGAUGAAUGGGAGGUAUAUUGAACAUAUGCAAAUAGUCAUUUAAAAAGUAAACACCCAGCCCGAUUUAGAAAUAGACCUCGAAACCGUUUGACGGUUUCUAUUAAGCUUCGUUUUUGACGGUUGAUGGUAAGGAGUUCAUGCUUUGUGAACCAGCAGUUCAAGCGUUGUAGUGGAGGUAACGAUUACAGUGCCGUAAAUCACAGCUAUAGCUUUGUAGGCUUUUUAGCCGGACAAUGUGGCAGUACAUUGUGACGAUCUUAUAAAAAACCUACACCUUAUAUUUGUAUCUCAUGGAGUAAUGAGCUAAGAAAGAAAAUUAUUCUCGUCUCGGUCCAUUUUCCAAUUUGUGUCAAUUUGUGUAAGUGAUAAGAAGUAUGAACAGGUAAUUUUCUGUGACUCAAUUCAACGAUAAAUCGACCCUCCUUUUAGGUAAAUGUAAUAGUCUUAUGUGUUAAUGCAUUAAAGGAAAAUUAGUUGA